ACAAAAUAUCUUGACUUCUAAAUCUUGACCUUGACACUAGUCAUUGUUAAAAAAAUAUAAAUCACAUGCAAUCAAGUGAUUAUACAAUUUUGAGAGAAAAUAUGAUCAGUCAUGAUAAAAACAGAGACAGUAUCGUUACUCGCUGAAAUAAUUAAGUUCGAUUUAAAUUAGCAUCGCGCGCACAGAAACGUUUUACAAUUAUAUAUAGGAAAUGACCGCAGCGCCGAAUACAAGCAUCAACAGACCUCCAGGUAUAGAGUUUGCAAUUGGUGCAUUAGCAGCGGUAGGAGCUGGAUUUUUUACGAACCCAAUUGAUGUGAUAAAAGUACGAUUACAAUUACAAGGAGAGCUAGAAGCAAGAAACACAUACAAGAAAAUAUAUAAAAACACCUUACACGCGGGUUAUUUAAUUGCAAAACACGAGGGUAUAACUGCUUUACAAGCCGGUAUCGUACCGGCCCUAUAUUUUCAAGUCGUGCUCAAUGGAAUACGGUUAGGCAUCUACAAUACAGCAAAAAAGUAUGAUUUAAUCACUAAUGAUAAAGGGGAUACUGAUAUUUUAAAGACUGUUAUAAUAACUGGAACUUCUGGUUCUGUUGGAGCUGUUCUUGGUAGUCCGUUCUAUAUGGUAAAAACACAAUUACAAGCGAAAUCAGCACAAACCAUAGCCGUUGGUUAUCAGCAUAAUUAUUCAGGAACCUGGAGUGCAUUCAAAUCUCUCUGGAAAGAAGGUGGGAUAGUGGCUUUGUAUCGCGGCUGGUAUGCGAAUAUACCACGUGUUUUUGUAGGAUCCGCAACGCAGUUAACUACCUUCGGUUUAGCUGCGGAUUGGUUACGCUCAUUACAAGUGUUUACAGAUCAACCGAUAUUUCUGACUUUUCUGGCUUCCAUAAUCGGUGGAAGUUGUGUAGCUCUCACUAUGCAACCAUUUGAUGUCUUAGCAACAAGGCUCUACAAUCAACAGACGGACGUAGGCGGAAAAGGUACGUUGUAUAACGGACUAUUGGACGCGAUCAUUAAAAUACUACGAACAGAAGGACUCUCUGGUUUAUAUAAAGGAAUUGUUCCAACGUGGAUGAGAAUAGCACCGCACACAGUGCUUUGUUUAGUAUUUUAUGAAAAAUUAGACCAAUUAUAUAACAUAUUACAAAAUUAACAAUUGUUUAAAUGUGUAAAAUACGUAGCAAAGAAUUUUAUAAUUUUUAAAUUAUUGUAUUAAGUAUGCUAUAGAACGAAAAAAUAAAAUUUCUUACAUAGAAAAUUUCUUACAUAGGCAGUGAAAUGUUUUAUACUUGAAUAACAGUUACAUAUUUAAAAACAUUGGUUCGCUUACUGGAAAUUUAGUGUCAAUGUGAUCUGACUGUAAUUUUCGUUAACAAAUGUAAAAUUUAACAAUUUAUCGUUUCAUGUAUUCGAAAAUAAUUAAAUGAUGUAAUUAUAUUAAUAAAUCGAAUAUUU